ACACAACACUACUCUCCAAACCCAAAAUUAUUAGACUCUCUCUCUCUCUUUCACAUUGUCGGUGUGUGAAUUGUUGCGAGGGUUUUUUGGGCGCCAUGGAUGCCUCUACUGCUCUGCCCUCUGAUUCAAAUCCAACCCCCGGCGGCGCUUCCAAGUUCCUCGCCGACCUCCCCUCUCGCGGCCUCUUCUCCUCCACUGUCCCCUCCUCCAAUCCGGGUGGGAUGCGGGUUUAUAUCUGUGAUCAUGACACAUCACCCCCAGAGGACCAGCUGAUAAAGACAAACCAAACGAACAUACUGAUUAGGUCUCUUGUGCUUAAGAAACAGAAGGGGGAUUCCAGUUCAAAGGAUGUAAAGACUGCAGCUGCAAGUGAGGCUUCUAGAAAGAGCCAGCACCUGUUUGUUUCAUGCUUGCACCAGUUCAAAGGAUGUUUUUUUUCUAUCUUUUAUAUUUUCAGGCCUGCUGAAAAAGUAAUGGAUGGCCGGGCUUCAGCAAAAAGGGCUGCGACCAACACUCAAGAAGGAUCCAAAUCUCGUGUACCUGAGAAGGAUUUGCAUAGUUUGACUGUAGAGAGACUUCGUGCUCUUUUGAGAGAGAAAGGUCUUUCCAAUAGAGGAAAGAAGGAUGAACUGGUUGCACGAUUAAGAAGUGCAAGUGGCUAAUUUAAAGGGAAAGAAGAGUUGCGGAGGUAGAGAGACUAAAGUCGCUCUUUGAAUCUGUACAUCAGAUGGCAGGAAAGUAGACAAUUUUCUUCUUUUGAUGGAACUUAGUGUGUUAUGGGGACUAAUUUAGAGUAAUAUGAGACUUUGUCGACCUCUCCAAUGCCUAGUUUUGUAUGAUUGUACAUUUGAAGUGUAUUAGUGCUUUUUUGGUUGCAAGUGUCAGAUGGUAUCCUUUUUAUUAGUAAGAACAAGUUGGCCAUGCAAGUUUUUGGUUUUCAGCUUUA